CAUGCCGAUGCACCAACGUGUCACAGCUGGGGAGCAAAGGAAGUUCUGUCUAAACUUUCUCUCUGGACUUCCUGAACGUGCACUUUUCUUGUAAGGAAUCUAAACACAUUUGUACAAACAAAGAAGAAUGCGUAUUUGGAGUUAAAAGUCAUCGCACUGCUUGUGGUGGAGCAUUUCAACAUAAUAUUCUGAACAUGGAUAUUCCAGAAGGACCCGCCCUUGGCUUUUGCAAGCGUGUUUAUAAAUCCCUCCAUGUCAGAGUGAUCUAAGCUGAUAUUACGCGUUCUGUAAGCAAAUGUGGGGCAUUUGGAGACGUGCCUGACUCUUGGGUUGAAGUUGGCAUACAUUCUGGGAGAUGUGGGGAGAGAGGAGUUUUCUGAGGUACAGGGGGGAGUGGGCAGAGGGUAAGAGUCACCCUGUACCUCGAAACAUUGCUGCCAUGGGUCUUUCUUCUCUGACAGAGCAGCGUGGACGCUUCUUUCCCUGCCACAAAGAUGAUACUAAUGACGAUUAUGAUGAAUGGGUUUAUGCACCUCUCCAUCGUAGAGCGGUGUCCAGUCUUGAUGAGGAGAGCAAAUGGUCGGUGCACUACACAGCCUCCUGGCACCAACAAGAGAACGUCUUCCUGCCAGGGUCCAGACCAGCCUGCGUUGAGGAUCUUCACCGUCAGGCCAAAGUCAACCUGAAAACAGUCCUUAGAGAGUGCGACAAGCUCAGGAAAGAUGGCUUUCGUAGUUCUCAGUACUACUCGCAAAGCCCGGCAUUCUCUGCAACCAGCCUUUGUGAAAGUGUACAUCUGGAUGAAGAGAAGACAGAGAAGAAGAAAAAGAAGGCGUCCGAUUCACCUAACGAAGAGGAUAAACUUGUGUACUCAAUGCCACCACAAACCCCUCUGCUGGAGCAUGGCUCUGACAUGGACAUCCAGAGAAGUUGGACCAGCUGUCUACCUUUGCCCACUCCUGAGGAGAAGAUGAGACUGCAGGCCCAAUCGGUGGCUACUGAUAUAAUUCCCAUCAACAUUACAGGUGAGAACUUUGACCGCCAGGCCAGUUUUCGGCGUUCCAUGGCAAACACUGAUACUAUAAUACGAAGACCUAAGAGAGUUCAAAGAAGAAAAACAAUAACAGGAGUACCUGACAACAUCCAGACUGAACUAGCAAACAGAGAACAAGCUGACUCCAGAAUACAUUCGAGUAUGGCAGAUCCGUACUCCACUCUCAGUCGAGUGGGAAGUGUAAACUCCACCCUAAAACGCUCAGACACCCGUGAUUCCUGUUGUCAAACAGAAGAGGUGAAGAUUGUUCCUCCCUCAGUACGCAGAAUCAGAGCACAAAGAGGCCAUGGAAUUGCUGCCCAAAUGGCCAGUGUCUCCUCCUCAAGCAGCAUUUCCACCAUAAGUGACUCUAAUGGCAUUAGCUACACACAGCUUAAUGACAGUGAUCAGAGCUUUCAAUGUUUGCCACGACAAGGUUCUUGCAUCUCGCAACACAGUGAAACAAAGUACAAUAGCUCCCCCUACAGGGCGAAUUCUGGCUCUACAAGCCCCUUGUCCUACCAUUUUAAGAUGCAGCAUGACUCUUCAUCAUCGCUGCAUAUGCUGUCUCACUCUAGAAGCAAGUUUACUGAAAAUCUAAAUCACGAAGACUCUGAUAAAAAUAAUACCUCAAGUUUGUUCAGUCUAAGUGGUGCUCUACAGAACUCCAUUCCUUAUGGACACAAAAUCACAGAGGACAACCAAAUGCAAUCACCUCAUUCCUCAGUCCAGUUGCUCAAUUCUGAGGAUGCCUCGUUGUCAGGUGUCUCCUCGUGUUAUGAAUCCACAGCAUCCCUCUGUACAGGUAUUCAUACAGAGACUGAGUCCCAGUGCAGCACACUUGAUGGCAGAAACUGCAGCAGUCCUAACUGUGACCGCAGGGAUUCCAACUUCUCAGAGAGCAGCAACCAAAGCUGCAGCACACUAACCACUGACCAAUGGACGUAUGAAGUUUCUCCAAAAGACAAUGUCACUUCAAGUUGCUCCUCACCUGUCAGCCAUAUAUACAACACAGAGGAACAUUCACCCAGCAAGACAGAUACAAGCUCAUUGUUCUCUGUUGACAAUGAAGGUUACUACACCUCCAUGCGCCUAGACUCUGGUUUGAAGUCACACAGUCACGGCUGCAUCAAUAAAGCAGGAGAACCAAGGCACAGUUUGUAUGAGUGCAAAGACCACCACAGUCACAGUGAUACUGCAAGUCUGCAUAGCAACCGCUCCCUGACUCGUAGCAUCUCCCUGCGAAAAGCCAGGAAGCCCCCACUACCGCCAGAAAGAACUGACUCCUUAAGGCGUAAACCCCAGAGGAAGAGUCGCCACAGUGGUUCAGUCCUUAACGAGCAGUUAAUCUCUAGUCUCCAGCAAUCCUUACAACUGAACCUAAAUACUCAAACUACAUCUUGCUCUGAACAGUCACCUUGUGGUAGGUUUGAAGACCCUUGGGUGCUCAGACCGAGAAGUCAAAGUACCGUAAGUGCAGCUAGCAGUGGGGUAUCUGCACCAGCUGCUGUAUGCCCAGUCACACCAACACAUAGUGACAGCAGCAGUCAGCGCUCAGACUAUGCAGAGUCAUGGGACUUCUACAUGGAUUACCCAUGUCCACGGUCUGACCAGAGUCUUUCCUCGCAAAUCACUAGGUCCGCAAGUGCUGAGGAGAAUCAGGGAGUCAUAGGUAAUGCAUCUUACAUCACUGAAUUUCCAUCGUCCCCCUUCAGCAGUAGUCAGUCAAAAUUGAUCUCAUCUCCUGACAAAGUUCAUCGCCUGACGUCACCAUCAAGUGGCUACUCCAGUCAGUCAAACACUCCAACUGCAGGCACUCCGGUUACUUCUCUAAUAAGAGCAAAGUCUCCAGCAGGGAGACCAAAACCAAAAGUGCCAGAAAGAAAGUCCUCCCUACGAUCUUCUAUAUCAUCCUCUUCUACAUCCCUGUCCUCCAACACCUCAGAUUCCAUCAGGAACGUUCCCCCACCUCCACCUUUACCUGACAUGACAACUGCAUUAUGUGGGUCGCCCAAUCCUGCUUCUUGCUCUCCAGCGGCAGCUAAAAUUGAGCCAAUACCCUCUUUUACAUCUCUACAUGAUGUAUCACCUGCUUUGGAAUAUGGGCAGAAUUCACUUUUAAAUACAUCUGCAACACCUGAGGAAUGUGAUAGUCCUGUUUUUCUCUCUCCCCAUUCAAAGGUUUUUGAAUCUCUGUCAGGCAAUGAAGAUACCAACAGUCCUCCAUUUCCUCCACUUCUUCUUUCAAAACCUUCACCGUGCAUUUCAUCGCUUCUUCCCCCUCCUCCUCCACCUCCUCCACUAUUACUUGAGACAAGUCUUCAAUCAGCUGCCAUUUUGAAGACAGAGCGUUGUCUUACACCUACAACAGCUGUGGAAUGUGAAAAAGAAGUAAACAUCAGUCACAUCGGAGAGCAAGAGAAGACUCAGAGACCAAUAAUCACUGCCCAGGCUCUUCAGAUGGUGCAGUUACGACCUGUUAAGCUCAAGCAAAUAGAAACUAUUUUUACAUCUGUCAGUUUUGAUCAUUCUGAUCACCAAGCACAAAACCAUUCUGAUACAAGCUCAGGGAAGUCCCUGGAAAGUGAGAAUACAGGGCAAACCGUGACUGACAAUUGUGUUACUCAGUCAGAAAAUAAUAUGGAAACAUCUGAACAUGGAUCUUCUGUAAACAAAUUUCUAGAAGAUCUCCCUGACGUAUCUAAUAGUACUCUACCCGCUGACCCAGAUGAACAUGUCAAAAAAACUGAGGAAAAUAUUCCAAUGCACCUGUUUUCCAAGUCCACAAAUUCCUUGGCUUCUCCUCAGAGUUCUCCAAUGAAACAGAAGCCUCCUAUAUCACCCAAAAAGCCCAAUCUUUCCCUUAUUAUACCACCCAUAAUGCACGUACCAUUUUCCAAUGGACUCAAGCUUCAGCAAGUUUGUGAAGCACAAGAGAUACUAGAGUCAGAGCAAGUAAAUGGAGCAUCCUCGACAAACACAGUUAAUUUGCAAGCAAUUCCUUUAGACCUUGAGGUAGAGGAAGAGAGUGACUCAGACUUAUCAACCCCUGUGGUCAAGAGCAGACUAUCUUUCUGCAGCGAGUUAUCAUCAAGCAGUUUCCAAGACCUGCAACUUUCUGAUUUCAUUCUUAAUGAGCAUGACCUUGGCCUGAGUGAUAAAGACUUUGGGCUCUGUGAUGAUAAAAGCACAUCAGAUGAUGGUUCAAGCAGCAGCUCAGGAUCCAUCAGCUUUAAAGAGGAUGAAAAUGAGGAAAAUGGUGCUGUGUUUGACUCAAUCACUGAAAGCACAUCUGACAUUAAUGCUAGCGAAGUAGCUGUGGAGAUGAUGGUGACGCCUCUUCGCCCUCGUACUACAGAGGACCUCUUUGCUGCCAUUCAUAGGUCAAAAAGGAAGGUCCUGGGCCGUGGCGAUUCUGAAGAGGAACGCUGCCGUAACCUCCUCCCUUCCCCACCUGUCACUCCAACUGGCUCCUGCCCCAGCUUGCCACGUCAGACCAGCUCCAUCCAGCGGAACCUACGCCGCUCCACCACAAGCAAUGACAGUUUUAAAGCCUUGCUACUUAAGAAGGGCAGCCGAUCAGAGUCCAGCUUCCGCAUGUCAGCCGCUGAGAUUCUCAAAUGCACAGACCCCCGUUUCCAAAGGGCUAAUUCAGAGAAUGCACUAGCUGACGGUCUGUCCUCUCCGACAAGCAGCAGGAGAGCACAUGAAGAAUGGGCACGGACGGAGGGAGCCUUGCCUCGCUUUGCUACUGGACAAACAACUCCAAAAUAUGGGCGCUCGCGCACACCACCUUCCGCAGCCAGCAGUCGGUACAACAGCCGCAGCCGGAUUACCAGUAGGCCAAUGACUGCCAUCUGUGAACGAGAUGGAGAGGUGGCUGAAUCUACAGACUGCUACAUUAGUAGCGAGAAUCAUUUUGUCUUGGCUAUAUCCUCCAGCAGCACAGUCUGCGCUCAAGGCAGCACUUAGAGCUCUUGACAAAACUCUAACAGCUUGUAAGAAAUAGUUGUGCAUACAAUAUAAAGGUUUGAACUCUAGCUGGAAGGCCAUGAUUGUGCUGGCUGACAAAAUUCCCCAAGUAAUAAAGAAGAAGAGGCAAUGGGGAACUUUCUGUAAUUCUGUAACUGUAGUUUUGCUCUGUUCCAUCAGUGAGAGUUUUAUCUUUCAGAAGACAUUAGCGUUCGCUAAAGAAAGUGAUAUUAACAGAGGGUUACUGGUUUUGUUUAAUCAAAUGUUCCUAGCUUCCUGUAUGCAGUUUAGGAGAACAUGGAAAUGUACAUUUAUCUUGGCUGGUAAGUUGAGGGAAGAAUGAACGUAAGCAGAACGUUAUUGAGGGAUUUUGAUUUGAAUGUUCCAUGGUGAUGUGUUUCUACCUAUGUGACGAUGGAAAGUACAAUCAAAAGUGAGCACUUAAAUCGUGAAUGCACAUCCAGAUCACAUUCGUUGAAGAGUUGGUGCAUGAGUUUGAAGGGGGGCACAUGACUGGAUAGUUAUGAGGAGAAUGCUGUAGAAUGAGUGUGGAGGUGAAAUGGAGAUUGAGUGUUUAGAGAAGGAGUGUCCAGUCCUGUUCCUGGAGGGCCAGUGUCUUGCAGAGCAUAGCAAUAACCAGUUUCAACACACUUGUCUCAUACCCAUAACCAUAUGUUUACGUCAUGCAAGUGUGCACACAGUGGAAGAGGGACUCAGUAUAGAAGUUUCUAUUAAAUUUAUUCACAAUUAACAUGUGUAUUGGGGUAGGAGCUAAAUUGUAAUGGACAGUGGCCCUCUUGGAACAGGUUUUGACAAACUAAUUUCAGAGACUGAUUUAAAAUAUGUAUAUUUUAAGCACCUUUACAUUCUUUAUCUCUUUUCCUUUGUGUCCAACCUUCAGUUAGAGCAACGAGAGAGAUGCAAGUUUAUCUGAACAGAAUGUUUUUCAGUUAAUGCAAGCCAAAUAGAGUUUUACUGUAUAUGUUUACAGUUGGACAAUAAUAAUAAUAAUAAUAAUUAUAAUAAUAGUUCUAUAUACUUUACCCAUGUAAAUAAUUAAGCCAUUACAAAACUAACCAUUCUGUUUCAUUUAUAGAAAUUGAAAGCUUCUAUUUAGGCCUCUUUGUUUUUCAAAUGUUGGGAAAUUCCUUAUCUUUGUCUCUCAUUUUUCCCCAAUUUUGACAAUUUGUACGUUUUUACGUUUCUUAUUUCCAAACAGGGGUACUGUUUAGUGUACUUACAACUGCUAUGUGCACUUGCAUUUUCUUUUUCCCAUAGUACCGAGCACCAGCAGAACGGUAGUAGAAAAAUGGUAAGGUCCCUGGGGUAAAGGCCAUAUGAGAUGCAAGGGUUUCUGUGAAAAAAAUAAACCAUGGCAUUAAUCUCAAUCACUUGUUUUCUGUCAAAUAUUUGCAUUAUUAAUUGUAUCAGAACUAUCGUAUCAAAACUUUAUAUUUACAGCAGUGUAUACAGUAAGAGGAAACACACUCCACUGAUGUCAUAGAGUUAAUUACAUCUGAUUGUCAUUAUCC